UAUUGGUCAUUUUAUCGUUUGAAGAUGAACACUAUUCAAUAUAGUAUACCUUCUCUUCCUACGCAGAUCGAGCCAUCUUGUGGAAAUGGCAGGACCAUCAUUUAGAUUUGGACAGCACGUUCUCCAAUCAUCGUGUGUUUUCUUUAAAUCCAGGCUCAGUAUUGGGUUUGUCAACAGGAAGCCUGUUGUUCCUGGUCACGUCCUGGUGUCCCCACUGAGAGUGGUGGAGAGAUUUGGAGAGCUGUCAUCAGAGGAGGUGGCUGAUCUUUUCAUGGCCACACAGACAAUCUCAGGGGUGGUAGAAAAACACUUUCAGAGCACUUCACUCACCAUUGCCAUACAGGACGGACCUGAAGCAGGGCAAACAGUAAAGCAUGUCCAUGUACACAUACUUCCCAGGAAAAGUGGCGACUUUCCACAAAAUGAUGAGGUGUAUGAGGCGACAAACACGACAAGGAAAUGGGUGAAGAUGGAAAGUGGAGAACUGAAGAAGAAAUGGCAGAGGAGGCUUCAGUCUUGGCUAGGUACUUCAACUGUCAGGUGGACUCUUGUUAACAUUUACUCCUAUUUGUUCAAGUUGUGUUUAACUGAAUGUCAGUUUUCUAUAUGACUACUGGGUAUGUGACAAUAUCUCAUCUGAACCCACCUACAUGUAUGAGAUAUUCUCCAGGGGGUACAUGUAUGUUCUUAUUGUUCUUGAAAAUAUUAAUGGUGAUAUCAUACACUUCUCAUUGUGUAACACUAGUGAUGAUGUUGUUUGUCCGUCAAGUCGACGAGGACCGCUUUAUGUCAUCAGUGUUAGUUAUGAUAAAGUAACACACAUUAACACAGAAGCAUCUGUUGUGACUAAUACAUGUACACCAUCACUGUGAUUGUCAAGAAAACGUCCCGACUGUCUGUCACAGUUCAACCAAUGAGAGAAUAACAGCCAUUCAGCCAGUUAGAGAGUGGCUGCAUGUCUGGUUUUUAUUUUGCAUUUCUACAUGUGUAUAUAAAAUGUAUUGAUGGAGAUGGUCUAAGCUAUGGGAACGUCCUAUUUAUAUAUGUGAGUCAGUAAAAGGCAUGUGUAAAUCAACUUGUAUUGACUUAAAUGAUAAAGGUAGUGAUAUCACUAAGAUCACUAAUUACUUGCCUUGUGACUUGCAUUUUCUGGAAGGAAAUAUAUGCUAUAGUGCAAAAGAUGCUGUAGUGUCCCAUGCUUGGGAAUUGUAUCAGUAAAAUGUAGGCAAUAUCUUCUAUAUUGGAGAUGCUCAAUUUUUGUAAAACCAGAAGUUAAAUCUGAAUUUGACAUUGACCUCUUUAUUAUUAGAUUAUACACAUGGUUUGUGGACAUUGGGAAUAACAGUAGCUUCCUCUAGCUGUAUAAAUGAUCUACAUUGUUGUGAAGCAAUGUAAAUCUAAAGAAGUUUAGCGUUUGAAAAUGAAUGAAUUUAAGAUUUUUACAGGCUGAUUUUGCCUUAUUCGCCUGGACCUCUGUCGGGGCUUGUUGAUUUAUCGAAUAAUACAGUCAUAUCCAUGUAAUAAACUGCUGUUGCACUGUUGUAAGUGUUGGUUAAUAAAUGUAGAAUUACAGUUUUUUUCA